GAUCCGCACUUAGAAUUUAGUCAACGCGAAAGAGAGACAACGAACGGCUGCGAACGAGAGAGAGAGCAUUAGCACUGAUCCUUUUGUUUCAAAAGAAAUCUUAUCCUUAAAAUCCUUGUGCAAUAUUAUCCCAGUGCAAUACAUACUUAAUUUGCUUUUGAAAAAAUAAGGACCCUGCCAGUGCUGCCCCCGCGCUAGUGCCUGUUGCCCCGCCAGCGCAAACGACAACGAAAACAAAGCCCGAGAGGAGACAAAGACGCGAACACCGAGUGCCAAAGCCAAAAGCCAGUCACGGAAAAACCUUGAGGUGACUCAUUGCCAAUAUCACUGCCAAUUGGAGAUUGAACACUGCCGCUGUCCUUCGACUUACAAAUAAGUGCAACUAAGCUAUAACACACGCAAAACAACAACUUCGGAAUGCAGCCACCCGAACGCGAGAUUGGAAUGCUGAAGAAGCACCGCGACCACAUCCGCCAAAACCUCGAUCGGCUGGUAAAGAUGACUGACUACAGCCGCAUAGCCACCGAGUGCGUCCGCCAGGGCAUUCUGUCCACCCAGAUGCUGCGCAACGCUGAGGAUCUCAACGGCGAGCGCUUCAACAUGGACGAGGAGGAUGUCCGGUUGGAGCAGCAUCGCAAGCUCUUUCUCAAGAUCAUUCAGCGCGGUCCCACCGCCUACAAUCUGCUGAUAAUUGCCCUGCGAAAGGUGAACUGUGUGGAAGCCGCCGAGCUACUGGCUUCCGUCGACGAUGCCGCCGCCAGGGUGCCCUUCAUAUCGAUCACCGAGCGCAAGACCAACAGCAGGUCAGCGGACAUUGUGGAUACCAAAACGCCGGAGGCGGAAGGAGCCUGUUAUAGCAAGAAGCCCCUUGGCGAUCCCCUGGGACCACUUACCCCUUACACUGAGCCCGUCGAGGGAACACGGGAGGUGAUAAUGUCAACAAUGAUCCAUACCGACAAGCUGUUGGAAAUAUAUCCCAUGGAGUCGCGUAACAACCGCGGAGUGUUGUUUAUGGUCAACAUCAUCGACUUCCCCAAUCCGGAACGGAGGCGGAACGGCGCCCAUGUGGACAGCAACUCUCUGAUACACCUGUUCCGCUUAAUGGGCUUCAUUGUCUUUGCUUACGAUAACAUGAAUCAGCAGCAGUUCUUUGAUGUGCUACGGCAGGUGACGUCCUCGCCGUACGCCAAGAACACUGAGUGCUUCGUGAUGGUGCUGAUGACGCACGGCAAUCGCGUUAAGGAGAUCGACAAGGUGGAGUUCCACGAUGGAUCCGUGGCGGAUACGCACAUAAUUAUGAGCCACUUUCAGGCGAACGUCAGCCCGUAUCUGGUGGACAAGCCAAAGGUGCUAAUAUUUCCGUCUUGUCGCGGUGAGCAGGAGGAUAAGGGUCAGCCGAAUAAUCACUUCGAUACCAUGGUGCCAGCAUCCGUUGCAGUGCUGCCGCAGGAGCGGGAGGUCGAAACGGAGGGUUUUUCCCGUGCGAAAGUGGCUACGCUCUCGGACACGCUGGUGUGCCAUGCCAAUACGCCCGGGUAUGUGACCCACAGGGAUCCCGAAACCGGCAGCUGGUACAUCCAGACGCUGUGCGACAUGCUCGCCAAACACGCCCACGACACGCACCUCGAGGACAUCCUGAAGAAGACGCACGCCUCGGUGGGCGCUAUGCGCACUCUGAAGGGAUCCAUGCAGACGGGCGCCUUCGAUAAUCUCGGUUUCAACAAGAAGCUCUUUUUCAAUCCCGGCUUCUACAAGGAGUAGCCGCACCAGCCACUGCCCAUAUUGAAAGCAUUCCCCCGACUGACUAUUUGCAUUUCACAACCGUAUUUAUGUACGUAUCGUCGUCGCAUUUAUGUAUGUCCUUUAGAUUAUGUGUUUUGUGCCGCGUGCUAUAUAUGUUUGUAAUCUUUUAUACUCUGAGACAAUACUCUCCUAAUUUUCCUUCAUAUCGAAUGCAUAUUGUAGUACCCCAAAGUGUGGGGUAGGAAAAUGAUGUCUUUCUAAGUGAUCAUUGUCACAAGCAACCAUUCCACUUUACAGA